AUGAAGAAGGGUGGAGUAACAGCAGAUGCUGCGAGCCGCCACCACGAGAAGCAAGAUGUGAGAGAACAGAAAUUAAGGAAGUUACUCGAUGUCAACUUCUGGCUUCCAAUGUCCCGGGAGUUCACACCAGAGACCGAAUGCCAGCGUCUUCAGCUGCUUGGCUUCCUGAAACCAGAACUGCUAGGCAGUGAGUUCACCCACCUUGAAUUCCCCCGAAGAGUUCAGUCCAAGGAGCUGGGGCAGAGGAGGCUGUACAGGGACCAGAAUAUGACUGGCUGGGCCUACAAAAAGAUUGAGCUGGAGGAUCUCAGGUUUCCUCUGGUCUGUGGGGAGGGAAAAAAGGCCCGGGUAAUGGCCACCAUUGGGGUGACCCGAGGCUUGGGAGACCACAACCUUAAGGUCUGUAGUUCCACUCUGCCCAUCAAGCCUUUCCUCUCCUGCUUCCCCGAGGUACGAGUGUAUGACCUGACACAGUAUGAGCAUUGUCCAGAUGAUGUGCUAGUCCUGGGAACAGAUGGCUUGUGGGAUGUGACCAGUGAUUGUGAGGUAGCCGCCACUGUGGACAAGGUGCUGUCAGCCCAUGAGCCCAAUGAUCCCAGCAGGUAUACAGCUCUGGCCCAAGCUCUGGUCCUGGGGGCCCGGGGCAUCCCCCAGGACCGUGGCUGGUGUCUCCCCAACAACAAGCUGGGUUCCAGGGAUGACAUCUUGGUCUUCGUCACCCCCCUGGGAGGGCCAGGCAGUUACUCCUGAUGAGCCCAGCCCCAUCCCUCUCACUGCCAUCUAAGCCUCUCCAUACUUACCCUUCUCCCGGUCCAAAUAGUGAAGUUGUGUUCCUGAUUCUUGAGUGGCCAUUUAAUUGACAAAGGGAUGCCCACUAGAUCCAGAAUUG